AUGGCUUCGUUGGGUGUAUCACAAGCCAUCUUUUUCUCCAACACCACUACAACUACAACCCCUUCUCGUUUCAAUCUCCACCCACACAAACCACCGUCUUUUCCUCUUCAAACCAACCCCUCAAUUUCAAUUUUUCCCAGAAAGAACCGCACCCCUCACUUUUUCCGCUGUACCCCCAAUUCCACCAACGACACUUCUCUUAACUGGGAUUGGAAUCGUUGGCUUCGCCAUUUCUCUGAUAUUGAACAGGCUGAAAGCUUCACCUCUCUUCUCAAGUUUCAACUCGAAGAUGCUGUUGAGAAAGAAGAGUUUUCAGAAGCGGCGAAGUUAAAGAGGGCUAUACAAGAAGCUACAUCCAAGGACAGUGUUGCUGAAAUUCUGUCUCAGUUGAAGAAUGCGAUUGAUGAUGAGCGCUACCAUGAUGCUUCGAGAUUAUGCAGACACACUGGAAGUGGACUGGUGGGUUGGUGGGUAGGAUACUCAAAAGAUUCAGAGAGCCCAUUUGGUAGAUUAAUACGUAUAAGUCCUGGUAUGGGCAGGUUCGUCGGCAAGAGUUACAGUCCAAGACAAUUGCUCACAUCAUCUACUGGAACACCGUUAUUUGAAAUAUAUGUGGUAAAAAAUGCUGACGACACAUACCAUAUGCAGGUAGUGUAUUUGCGAAGAUCCAAAGGAAAUUCUACAAGUAAUCCUCCAUCUAUACCUGCUAAAAGCCCAUCCAAACCCGAGGUUGAGAAUUUGUCUUCAAUUGAGGUGGAGGAACCUGAAGAGAAGGUAGAGGAGACAGAUGAUGAGAAAAACAGUAACGUUGAGAAAAGUGUCAUAAAUUUUCUGAAAGAAAAAAUUCCAGGGUUGAAAGUCAAAGUUAUGAAUGUUAAUGUUGAAGAGGAAGCUAGAGAGGGUAGUGAUUCUAUUAAACAAAUCAUGGAGGAUGAUGGUAAUAAAACAAGCUCCACUGAGAAUUCUGAAGGGGAAGUUAAUAACCUGGACGAACCUGAUGAGGUCACUCUAGAAGGUGAUAUUGAUGCCUCGGAAGAAGAAAAGGAUUUAGAUAUGAAGCUUUUUCUUGGUGGGAUUGUACACAACGAUGAAGAUAAUGCUGCUAAGGAAUUUAUGCGUCUUCCCGCGGAAAUAAAGAAUAUGGAAAGGGAUUCUUUCCUCUUACAUAUACCUAGGAGAUAUCUCGACAAUGAUAGAAAAGAGGAUAAAGUUCGCAUUAUCAAAGGGGCAGCACUGAUUUCAGAACUUAUGCCUUCUGAUAUUGCUAAGGCUUUCUGGGGUUCUGAUAAAGUCUCUUCUAAGAAUUCCAAAAGCAUGCGUGAAAUUGUCAAACUUGCUAUUAGUCAAGCACAGAAAAAGAGUAGAUUAUCUGAAGAUACAUAUUUUAGCCGGAUUACAAGUUCUGGUUCCGUAGGGGAUUCUGAUCCUUUUGAUGGACUCUAUGUUGGUGCAUUUGGCCCUUAUGGUAUUGAAAUAGUGCAAUUGAAGCGAAAAUUUGGACAUUGGAAUGAUGCGGACAACGAAAACAACACUUCCGAUAUCAAAUUUUUUGAAUAUGUUGAGGCAGUGAAAUUGACUGGGGAUCUUAAUGUUCCUGCAGGCGAGGUGACAUUCCGUGCUAAAAUUGGCAAAGUCAAUCGCAACGCCAACCGAGGACUGUAUCCUGAUGAAUUAGGAGUGAAUGCAAGCUAUAAAGGCCAGGGGAGAAUAGCAGACUUUGGUUUCCGAAAUCCAAAAUGGGUUGACGGGGAAUUGCUUCAACUUAAUGGCAAGGGCAUGGGACCUCACAUGAAAGGUGCAGAUAUUGGCUUCCUUUAUGUUGUGCCCGACCAAAGCUUUCUUGUACUAUUCAACCGGUUGAAACUACCCGAGUAA